UGCAGUUGGAGCUUGAUGGGGAGAGGCAGAGAGGCUAUGGGAACCAUACAUACAAAGUCAAACAUCUGACAAAGACUUUUCUGUUUAAGAAUGGUACAGUUACAUUUUUCCAUGUGUGCUGCGUGUUCCCUGAUUGUGCAAAAAAACUGACUCAGGGGCACACUGGUAGGAUACUGCCUCAACAUCACAGGUUUAUUUAGAUGCUGUAAGCCAUAAGUCCACAUAUUUAAGAGUAAACUACAAAGAUUCUGACUACAAUAGAAGAUGAGACACAUGGAGAGUACACAAAAAUUAAAAAGUAGGAUGUAAGCAGGGUUUUUACAUACUGACAGUUGAAAACUAGAGGUCCUUUCACACUGGGAGCAUUUUUUUUCCAUGCGAUUAUUUCAGACGUCAAAAUUUUUUUUCGAACAGGUAUCCUGUCAAUACAAGUGUUCACAUCAGCAACGUUUUCCCGUCCUGCGAUAUCGCGGCAUUUAUUUUUCGUAUCACAGUCGAAUUUCUAAAGUUUCGCAUAAUGUGUGUCCACUUCUGACCAAUCAGACUUCGUGUUUUUGCGAUGUCUGAUUCACCGGUAUAUCCAACAUGGCCGACCAGCUGAUUGUUUACGUGUCAGAGAACAGAGUGCUUUUUGAUUAAAGACACAAAUAUUACAAAGAUAACGACCUGAAGGACAACUUAUGGAGAGUCAUAGCGUUGGAUCUCUCAUAUGACGAUGGUUUGUGUGCUUUAACAGUUUGCUAAACGUCUUUGUUUUAACUUUUAUCUGUGCUAAGUAACUUUAGCUCGUAAGCUAACCUGUUCAGAUACAACAUACCAUAUGUAUUUUCACUGUCUCAAACUCAAUCGUGUUGCUGUCACAGCACCAUUAGGUCUUGGUUGUUACCUUAUGUUUAUGGAUUAUAGUUUAAUGUUCUUAUCUGGUACUGGCCCCGACUCAGUACAUGCUAUCAUGACAGACAGACAUCUCAACACUAGCGUCUAAUUAGAACAGAUUAAACAACAAGAUUCAGAAUCAGAAUCUGCUGUUGUGUCAGUCUUAUCGCUUCCACCCUGGACGCGUCUUUUUUCCCCCGGAAAGACCCAUGCUUUACACAUGCUUUAUGUGUAUAGUCAGGCGCGUCAAAAUUCGCCACUGAAUAUUUUGCGUUGUAUAUUUGCAUCGUUCCUGGUGUGUAAGGACCUAAAGUCUUAAAUUUUAGAUUAACAACAAUAAAAAGGACCCUACAGUGCAUAUCGGAUUAAGUGGAAGCUCAAAUUUUCUCCUGGAAGACAAAAUGCUGAUGAUCUACAUGUGGCUCACCUCCUUGUUUGGUCCCUUAUUGGGCUAAAGUAGACUGACAGGGUAUCAUUUGUUUAAGAAAUCCUUGUCGCAAAUCACCCACAGUCCGUCCAAAGGUCAUUGUCACUACAACUCUGAGCUACAUCUCAACUCUCCUGAGACAAAAACAGCAUCCUAAAACUUGAGAAAGCAUCUCAGAGGGGAAUAGGGACUCACAGCGUCACUGGCUCACAUGUAAAUCUGGACUUGCUCUCCUGCCACAUGAACAUCAGAAUCGGCACAUGGCUGCCUGAUCUACAUUUAAACUGAUGACGUGUCAGCCGUAUGAAUGACUCAAGCUAAUACACUGGUCAUUACAGAGCUAAAAUUUAGCGGUUGCCUUGAAAGCUUUUACCAUGACAAACAGUCUGCUCCACGUCCGAACCAUACCUUUGUUUGGAAAAGUUUGGCAUUAGGACAAGAAGGUUGGGAGCUGGUAUGCAUGCACGCAAGCCCUGUUUUUUUUAAGAGAGCGUCUUUCCGAGCCAUUACAACACCCCGGAUCACUUCGUGCACAUAUUAUGAGAGCCCUACGAGGAGUUGAAGGCACUAAGAGCAUUCAAGUGCAUUUAGGGAGGCCUGGGGGAAGAAAUGUUUCCCCGGCUUUCUUCAUUUGCCUGCAUUAGGGAGGGCUUCUCUCGCUCACACACAAAAUGUAGUUCCUCCUCUUUCUACACACACUUUGUGCCUCACACAUCCCCCCCUUUUCUCCUCCCAUCCAUACCACUCCACUUAAUAUGUGAUAUCAUUAUGGUUACAUGGAGUGCCACGCUUAAUGGAGCUGACAGAAGGAGGAGGCUGGAGCUGAAGGGAAGAGAUUACUAAGAGCGCUCGCUGUGUGUGUGCGGAUGGGACGGGCAGGGCAAUGGGAAGAUUAAGUGACAGAGAGAGAGAGCGAGGAACAGAGGGAGAGAGAGUUGUCAAAGAGAGAGGAGAAAGGGAGGAGCGCAAAGUUCUAACAAGCAAGAUUUGGAAAUUAAUUGAAUGAAUCCCUCUGACCUUUAAAGUGGCUUUCACUGAUUCAAUGAUUUUACCAACCCUGAGAUAGAGCGUGGAUUUACAAGCUACAGAGGCUGGGAAAUGUUUCUUCCAUAAAUACCUUUAUUGUGGUACCCUCUUAAACACAUUUUUAAAAUAAUACCUAAAUUAUUUUGUACUGUAAAAUAACACGCUGAUCUGGAGUUCGGCACGACACAAUUCUUAGAAGUGAUGUGACUGUAAAGCACUUCUAAGUGGGUGUAAUUUCUUAAGUCCCCUCCUGCUCUGCGGUGAUUAGUGAAGAUCGAGCUUGGAGGGGACUGCUUUGUUGACUGUGGACGACAGGUUAAAGGCUUGAUAAGCGAUCAUCCCUGCUGUUGGGUGUCAGCUGUGAGGACAUUGAUCUACAGCUGAAACUCCAUGCAUUUUACUUGCGCUGUGAUCAAUAACCGCACCAUGAAAAGUAGUGAUCGUGCCUAUGAUCAUGGUCACGGCUUCGUAGUAAGCACAGAAUCACUUCAGUAGUAAUUAUAGAUGUAACAUGAUUGGAUAUAUGUCACUUAUUGAUCAAAGAUCGGUUAUCUAAAUAAAGCAAUGCCACCCUGAAGUAACAUAAGUGCAAUCUUCCAGCAGUAGAUUAAAAUGAUGCAAAAUUUACAGGCUGCAGCAGAGGAUCAAAUACUUGAGUCAUGUGACCAAAGAGGUUAUCCUCUUCAAACCCACUGACCUCUCUGGUGGGUAAAUCGUUAGAGAUACAUGGUUGGAACACCCACAUUGGUCACACGUACAGAUACUCACUUUAAAUACUCCUAAAUACAUGUGUAAAAAUGUUGUGUCAGUGAUAAAUUUCUAUUCAGACGAUAAAUCAAACAUCUAGAAGAACUGGUUUUGACUUGUUUUGUAUGAUCAUUUAGCUUCAGGCAGAAGAAAGGUGUGAAGUUGGUAAAUGAUGCUGCCUGACAUAACUAAUGUUCGAAUUGUUGUGUGAAGUCCCCAACUUGUAGAAGCUACAGGCAAAGUUUGCAGGUGUAAUCGCAUAAAUACAGCGAAGAGAGACACACAGUUGCAGAGGUGACAGUAUAGGGCUAGCUGCCUCUGCUCUCUGACCCUCGUCAUGUUGCUUUAUGCACCUGAGGCUCUUUAAACAUGUCGUUUAACUGAAUGAUGAACUUGCAUUUAAAAUGGUUACAAGUAUUCUGCAUGCAACUCUGAGUUCACAGCGUGACUAAUUAAAAAAAAGACAUUCACAAGUUACGGGGAGAGCUAUAGAUAUACUGUAGAGGAGAGGAUUUGGGCUGGGUGUGUGUGGGUUGGUGUUUGGAAUUAAAAAUGUGUCAUACCAGCAUUUUCUGAGAGGGAAGAGAAGUCCUCCCUGGGGUAGGAGGCUGAAGGCUGGAUGAACAUCCCCUCGUCGAAUCCCUCUUCAGGCUCGGGUGGAAAGUUGUACACGAAACGCCGCGUGGUCGUCUGCUUUUUCCUCCGUCCGCUCCCGGCUGCAGCGUCCGGGGCUUCUCUCUUCAUCGCUGCAGGGGCUGCUGGGGCGCCACCUGUGGCCGGCUCGUUCCAGACGAACACCUGGCCGCUUGCAGCCCGCGUCUCAUUGGUCUCUGCUGAAUCGGACGAGUUGUCAUUGUGAUGGGCCCAGCUACCAGAAGCUCCGGGGGUCAUCAGGGCACAGCCCUCACCCCCAACCACUGUCACCUCAAUGUCGCUGGUCUCCUCCUUCACCCUGCCACCCUCCUCGUCUUCUUCUAUAGCCUCUUUUCCCUGGUUGUUGCUCGCCUUGAUUGAUAGCUUUGACAGGAUGCUCGUGGCCCAGAAGUUGCUCGGCUUCCGGUCAAGGCCUCUCUGUCCCUCUUUGGCAACUGUCUGCCUCUUGUUGUAGUCCACCACCACUGAGUCGGGGGCUUCCUGCUUGAUGCUGAUAUUCAGGGCAUCUUUUAUAAAAGCCCUACAUGAUUGUACAACUUCUGUCAUCUGGAGGUAACUAGCUACAGACAUUACCUCUAUGGCAUUUUGGCUUGUGAGCAGCAGAUUCCCGGAGUAGAGAAAGUCGAGGAUAACUGAGAAGCCCUGCACAGCAGCAACAUCCAGGUGCGUGACUGUGGCCUGGUCCUGGGCCUCACCCUUGGUCAGACAGUAGAGGGUUUUGAAGUAGCGGCUGCCCGCCACCAGGAUGUUCUUAUGGGCGCGGAACACCUGACCCGAGACGACUAUGUUGACAUCACAGAGGAUGCCGCUCUUCCGCUGCUUGUCCAGCUCCUGGAGAAGCUGGUAACAGUAGGAGUUCUCGUUGGGUUUGUUGCGGUAGUCUUCCUCUGAGCUGAUAGUGGAGGGACUGGCGUUGUCUGAAGGCCUCACCAUCUCCUUUUAUGAGGAAGAGAGGAAGAAAAGAGAACGUUAUUGCAGCAGAUUGGUGGGUUUACACAUGUAAAUAACUACAACCAGCACAAAUGCCCCAUACAGGGUUACUGCUGUGUUUCCUGUAACUCUGUCUCUCUCUCACACACACACACACACAUACACACACACACCCUCAGGGGUUCCCAGUGUGACAAUGACACUCCUGCCUUUAGGGUGAAACAGGUUUGACAAGCCUCUGUUGUGGAGGAGGUGGGAAAAAGAGUAAAGAAAGGCGUGUUUACUCUUAGGCAUGGGUCCUAUUACACAGUCCGAUGAUCAAUCUCUUUCUUUUGCCAAAGUGAAACUACAUAGACACGCACCAAAAAUAUGACACAAGGUCCAAUGAAUGUCCGAUGUAACUCAAACGCAACAUCAGUUACCAAGUCGGAAAAAGCACAAUCGGAGACAUAAACAAGAUGGCUACAUCUAUGAAAGAUAUUUUAGAACUUGCCUUGUCCUUGCUUAUAUUCGGACACGGCAGGUGCUAAAAUAACUUUCGUAGAUGUAGCCAUCUUGUUUCCGCCUCCGAUUGUGCUUUCUUCCGACUUGGUAACCGAAACGCUGGUAACUAGGGUGUGACGUCAUUUUCAGCUCAGACUUCUGACUUCAGAGGUAACUCAAACACAGUGAGUUCUGUGCAGCUGUAUCCCUUUAAACAUCUCAUGAAAAUGCAACAGCCAGUGUGUCGAAUGUUUGUUUUUAAGUUUUUGUGAAGGCUGAUUGAACUCAGGGGCAUAAUUUCAGACUUUAUUGUAGUUACAAAAAAAUUGGACUUUAGAAAAUCUCUUAACAAGCAGAUUUGCAAGAUAAAAUUUUAAUACUCGCAUAAUGCCCAUACAGUAAAAUUUACCUCUCUUGAACAGGAAAGGGAGCUACAAAGCAGGUGGUUAUUUGAGUGAAGGCUGAGCUGACAACAAGCAUUCAAAGCAGACUAGCUGGGGUAAUAGGACUGUAGGAGGCCUGGCAGUAGAAUGGAUCCACCCUUUAACAGCCCCUCUUCCUCUCCCCUCCCCUUCCCUUCCCCGUCUUAACAGGGCAAAGGGCCAGCCUGGUACAGAGUGGGGCAGUGGAUACUCUCUCCAUUUUCGUUAAUACAUGGCCUGGCUUUGGAACAUAAAUUGACAAUUACACAUCCCAACCCAGAAAUCAAAACGCAUGAAGACCAAGCAUGUCUAUGUUUGCAAAAUAACUGCUACACAAGCACACACGCACACACACUCAUGCAGGCGCAUACAUCUCCAGCUCAUUUUAGAAUUGCACAGCAGAUGUCCUAAUCCAGAAUAAUUCACAUUGCUAGAGCCCUGCAUUUUUGCCCCCGCCCACUACCAUCUCUGCAGCACACACACACACACACGUACACAGAAACCAAGCUGCCUACACAUACACACAGCUGGGGCUUCAGCUCGAGUAAUUCAGAUUAAAUCCAUUUCUCUGAGGUCCCCACCCAGCCCCCACCCCCACCCCUACUCCCUCCACACUGCAGCUCUUGUCCAGGGCGGCCUGGGCACACAGGAUAGUAUAGGGGGGCUUAUCAUCCUCCGCCACAGCUGGAGGGGGAGAGAUGGAGAGAUGGGAUAGAGUGAAAUGAGAGGCAGAGCGGGGCAGAGAUAGAGAGGGGGGGAAAGUGCUCGUACUCUGCAGGCUCAAAGAAAUAAAGAGGAGAGGAAACAAGGGAGUAGAAACACAAAUUAAGUCCUGGGGAGGAAAAAAGUGGAAAUACAACGAAGUGAAAUUAGUGUGAAAAAAAAAAAAAAAGAGGAGAACUGGUCGGAAGCCUCAUAACACACGCACAAAGAAAGCGAGUGAGAGUGUGGGGCAGAAAUCGAGAGAGCGAGACCUUGAGCCUCGAGAAAAAGGAUGUAGGAGAAAAUGUGGAGCAGAGGGGGGCUGGAGAGAAGAGAGCGAAGGAGAGAAGGAGUUGGGUCACCCCAUUUUAGCCUUCACAAUAGUCCGUGCUCUCCCCGAGGCUCAUUGUCCACUCACUGUGGGUCUUUGUGAAAAGGGCUCUGCACUCACUCUCUUAUUACACAGCAUCUCUCACAAGCAGGCAUAGAAAGCAGGCAGGGUGCAUGCGGGCGAGGUUGAAGAGGAUGGGGAGAACAGGAACAAAUUAUUCCUGAUAUACACAUCAAAGACUCUGAGGGGGAAUGGUCAUCACGUUGAGUGCUGUGGAAAUAUUGGUGUGAAGGGCAGGAGUGCAACCGCAGCAGGGGCUAGAUACGUUUUGGAGUCAUACUGUGGGUCAUUGCGCAGUUACCUUCCAUAUUUUUGUCUAAAGGUGUGUGUAGACCAAAAAGGGAGAAAAUUUCAAAUAGCAAAAUAUAAAAUUUGACUAAUUUAGAAAUGAGGGGCUCUAAACCAGGUAUUUACAUAAAAGCCUAUCAACUUUAAGAUUUCACUAAUGUCCUGCAAUUGAUUUAGAACCGGUUAAAACCAGCUUCUGCUCAAAAAGAUGAAAAUUUUGAAAGUUCUUUGCUUUUUGUCUAAACAGAUUUGACAAUGCAUUGAUUUUUACAUCAGUGAUAUAGUAAUUUUGCAGCAUCUUUUUGACUCAUGUCCAGCAUUUACAAUUUACUUUCCGAAAAGUCACAGCACUGUGUCAAAGAGUAAAGUAAAAACGCCAAAGACACACACAUCGGAGUUCUGAUUGAAGGGGAGCUGAACCAGCGACUGCUGAGAUGAGGACUAGAGCCUCUGUAUAUGGAGCGAGCACUUUUACCUUUAGGCUUAACCUCACAAAAAUUUUGAUCUUCUGCAGAUACGCGGGAUUAUACAGUGAUUUUUUUACAUCUUUUGACCCGUUUAUUGAGAUUCAAUCACAGCAAAAAGCUUAAUUUUGAAUCUAUGCUGCUGAGGUUCAGAGAGAAGCUGACUCCCUCCAAAAGCAGAUGGGCAGGUGCUCUAUUGUGAAAACUGGCUUUGCUUUUUGUCUGAACACACCUGCACACUCUCCUGAAAAACUUACAUGAAGCUGGGCUUAUCACAACAUUAAUUGUAUUUAGCAGCCUGCAGGGGAAUAGUCUCAACUGCUUGAGUACCGCAGGAUUGAGCACAAAAAGUGUGAAACUCCGAGUACAAAGGUAUUUGUGGAGCUGGACUCGCAAGCUAUUUCACCCCCGAACCCCAUGACUCUCCACAGCUUUUAUCCAUUACACACGGCAAAGCGAUGGGCCAGAGAGGUAAGACUGUGCCCAGCAGUUCUGAUCCAAUGUAUGCAUGUGUGUGUGUGCGUGCGUGAGUGCUUUUUGGAGUCAGGCUAGGACAGCCUGGUACUGGAUAAGUUGCUCUGUACUGGCCUCAGCAGCGGCAUCAUCCUUUCCCCAGAUGUGCCACGUGUGAGCUGGGAGCUUAGAGAACCAGCAGACCAACCCUGCACAGCAGAUGCUGGAGGCAAAAGCAGCCCAGGCCAAGAGAAAAUGUGGGGACAAUAUCAACCUCCCCUACUCAUGACGUGGCUUGCUUUUUAUCCCCGCCAGAGACGAUGGAGGUGAAAGGAAAAAAAAAGGGCAGAAGAUGAGUGCAAGAGGAUCCUUUGAUCUUGGAUUGACACGGCCAAAAAGAAUUGAUUUACAGGUGGAUUAAGCAAAGCAUGAUGCUAAUACAUUCAAGCUUUUGAUGUACUGGCCACAGUCAGGAACUUCUCUAACAGGUCAUGGGAUAAAUUGCGCCCACCAUACAACAUCAAGACUAACUGGAGCAGGUUUUUGUUUACAUUUCCUGCACAUUUUUGCGCCCAUCUCAACAUCCACCUAAUCCCCACAACCAAAAUCAAGUGAAUCCCAUGACCAGCCCAACCCUCAGGCCAUUUCCACUGGUCUCUUCGCUAACUCCCCGUAUCCACUGUACCCUUCUCUCAAGCCCCCCUUCUCGCCCAGCCUCGUCUGUCCCCAGAUGCCGAAACAAUACCGCUGUGUGUGUUGGCCUAAGGUGUGGGAGGGCUGCACUGAGUGUCUCCCGGCCUCCUAACAAUGCUCUGACAGAAGAGGCAAAAGUGGGGGGUGGAUUGGAAGAGAGAAACAAGGGUAGAAGAAUCAACAAGAAGAAUUCUCCCUCUGGCUCCACUCCACCCCGUUCCCCUGACCUGUGCCCCCCAAUAAAGUCCCAUCUACCCAGCAGACACCAGAUCCCAAAGGGUGGGUCCCUGUUUGCAGUCGAGGAGACGUGCUUUAAACAAUGAGGGUGGUGUUUGUCUGAACUAAAACUGGGAGAGUGAGAAAACUUGAAUGCCCCCCUGUAUUUAAAUCGUGCCCCGAGGUAAUCAACUGUGAGUAAUCUUAUCUUACACCAUCAGCGCAGCAGCAGCACAGGUAAAAGAUUUGGUAGGUUGUCAAAUUUAACAAGGUGAAGUGCCACGUCUAGUAAUUUCUUUAGACUCACCCUGGCCUGGGAGGAAUAUAGUUUGGAAAUUGCGAAGGCUUGCUGAACAGGUGUUUACAUCUUAGGAAGGAACUACAUUUUCAACAGGGGUGCAAAUAAGGAAUGGAUGAGAAAGAGACAGAAAAGGAGCAGUGGGUGAGAGAAAAUAGGCCAAGGCUGGAUGUGGAGUGAGCUCUUUCUACAUAUAAUCUAACACUGAAACAUAACUUUGAAUUGUGACAUGUUUUAAGCACAGAUGUGGAAAGGAUUGGCUGUAUACAAUGACUCCAAAGGAUUACUCUAUGACCCCCUCAGUGGGCUAUAAUUACGACCUUUUAUAAAUUUAUGAAAAAAGGCAAAAAAUGUCAACAUUAAAUCAUUAACUCAAUUUAAGGGAGCUGUGCAUCCUACUACUGUUCAUCUUUACCUUUGCCAGCAAGCAAAAGCAGCAAUCUGAGCUCAAGACAGCAUCUCGAUAAUAAAGAACAAUGGACCCCUUCUCCAAGGAGACCCACAUUCACCAUAGCUGCCUGGUGUGCUAUGGCUAAUUGAGUUAGCUUUAACGAAUGCAGCGGAGGCCUGACUAACGUCAGGAAUGGGUGAAUAGGACGAGAGGUUGCCUCGUAACACCAUAACUCCUCCUUUAAUGUAGUGCUUCCCAAUGUUGCUGUACUUAACAUACAGAGUGAGUUGUUAUUUCUACAGCACUGUAAGGAUGAAGAUCAUAGUUUUAUAAGAAACAGCAUUAUCUGGGGAACAUGAAACAUAUAUACAGAGAGCAGAAACCAUCUUAUUUUCAUUUCCAAUAACGCAGGAAUGGAACUGUUUGUUCUCGUCUCUGUUCUCUGUUCAUAAGGAAAUGGCCUGGAUAACCUCUAAGUACAGUGUCUGGGGUCCUUGUUGCUAGGGAAAAGCCACACCAAGCCCCUAAUCCACUCCUACUGCUUUCCUUACCAAUUAGAGAUACAAGUUAGUGGAUCACUUUAAGUCAUUCUGAUUAGUGAUUGCGUGUGCUAAGGGAGGAACUAAAUGUAGUAGCCCAAUCCUCUUCUCGCACAAAUUAGAGUCAAAUAGCACCCACUCUCAAUUCCCCUGACAGCCCAGACCAUUGUCAGGAAAGCAGGUCGGAAGAGUAAAUAGACAAGGAACAGAACUUUAUCUUAACAUUUAAAGGUAGAUGAAGAAUAAGCGCUGUGUUAGGUAGUGCUCAUUACUGUUUUACUGGGUGUCUAAAAGAAUGUAGAAAAAAGGAGGACCAUACACGGCAACAAAAGUAAUGACCCAAUAAAAGGCCUUGUACUUAUCACAGUUGGAACACAGUUGGAAUAAAUGGGAUGGAGUAUGGUGACACAGUCAGUGUCUCCCUACCCAUCUCAAGCUUAGGACUGUUCGUUUCCUUGUUCAUUCAGGAUGGGGCAUCCGUCCUUACAUGUGCCCCAAAGCUAUAACACUGGAGCCCAUUAAUCUAGAAAUAUGUGGAGGACAGGGUCAGGUGAUGCUGUGUCAUUCCAUCAACUGACAUCUAUUUUAUUCCUUCAUGCCUAUUCAAAAGGCUGCAUUUAGGCCAGGCAAGCUGUCAAGCUCCAGGCAGCAUGAUUUACUCUCCUCCUCCUCCUACUGCUCCUGUCCAGCCCCACAAGUGACACCAAGUAUGGAUUUUGGGGGGUCAUUCUAACACAAUGCCUCUAAUUUAGCUCCCCAAAGAGGAGGAGGUGGAGGAGGAAGAAAUGCGCCAGAGGUCACCCGGGACUGCGAGCCAGCAGAACUGCCUGAGAGGCCAGGAGGAGGAGGGGGUUGGGAAGGGGUGCGGUUCCCCAAAGGCUGAUAGGGUCGAGUUUUCUUGCCAUUGUGUGACCUCUAGCAAGCUAGCAAUCUAGACAGCUGCGCGAGCAAUAAAGGGUAAAUCUAAAUAAAGGUGUGUUAAAAACAGCGCUGUUAUUGUCAGUGACUUUUUGAUGGGACAAAAUGGUUAAUAGUCAUUCGUGACAUAAAGGUAAUUCCCUCACAAAGACACAGCCUCCGGUGUUGAAGUAGGUGGCAGGUGUCAUACCUGACUGUAGGGUUAGAGUGAGGGCACAGAAACAAAAGUUGUACAAACAUAUAAGUGUAACGCACACAAAAAAGUAUUUCAGAGCGUGUUUCUUGGCUGGUACACAUUAGCAUAGAAAAAGGGGGCUUUCCACAGCCGUCACUGGCCACCCACCUCCGGGGAGACAGCAGAGCUACAAGCGGCUACUUGGCUAAGCUAGCCGUUAGCUCAGGUUAGCAGGCUGAUGCUAGCUAAUCAGCCAGAAGGAAGAAGGGAUUGUGAAGCUUAGUUAAUGGCCUAUUUUCGCUUUCUCUGGGGUUCAAAAGUUAUCAAAACUCUUACAGGAGACAAAAUAAAGAGUAAAUGAAACACGUUGUGAGAGUGUGUGGUGGGUAUUUGACGCUACGUAGGUAACCGUCACGGGGCUGUAGGUAACGUUACCUGUUUGGUUGGGUCAUUCCUCCCGUGCUCAGAAGACAGGUGAUGUCUCAGCAGCAAGGCCCGUUUGUAGUUGCGACUGCCUUUAACAAGCUCGUCGCUGUUUUUAGUGGCAAUGUUGUGACACCAAGAACAAGACAUGAGUCCCGUCUCCUGACAGAAUUUAAGCCAUGGAAAUUCUUGCAACCACGACGCGUGGAAUAGUGAGUGUUUCUGAAGCAGCGUCUGCGGUCUCAUCUCCACGCCAGAUUUCUUGGAGCCCGUCUCGCCUCCAGUCGCACCGCCGCCGCUUCCCGUCUCCUGACCGUCGGCGUUGCUCGGACCGUUCCCCGCUGUCAAGCUGUUCCCUUCCCUGGACCCGUCCUCCCCUUCUCCCGAGCAGCAGACGCGAUCGUCGCCGUCCCCCGCUGCCCAGCUGCCCCCUUCCGGGUCCUCUUCUUCCUCCGCCUCGGGUUCCGUGCUAUCGCUGACAGACCCAGCGCCCUCCACUCUCUUCAGCGCUGAUCCUUUUGCCCCCAGAUCCCUGUCCUCCUCCUGAUCCGGCCUGUUCCCGUUAAAUUGUCGGUCUUGACAGGCCGGGGCCUCCCAGCUGUUACAGUUCCCCCCACCGAUACCGCUGGAACCCGUUAACCCAGCUAAUCCACCCCCUCGGAAAGCCAGCGACCUGCGGUUUCUCUCACCGGACAUUUUUCUUAAUAUAUAUCAGAAUCUUCACUUUCUCAACACUAUCUCUCUCCGACUGGAAUAUAACGUGAUUGUAGAGGCUGUAUUUCCCGAAAGAGAUGGCCUGGUCGUCGUUCUGUUUCUCCGCUUUGGCCCUCCCGGUGAGAGUAUGUAGGUUAUGCGGAAAUAAAUAAAGGUUUUAAACGCAUAAUGAAUUUCAGGGUUCUCGCUGCGUCCGCGCAGGCCCCGCAGAGGUCGAAUGGCAACGACUUUCCUCCCCACAAUGCACCUCGAGCAGAGAAAGGGGGGGUUGGAGAGGGAGGGGGCGGCUUUUAAAGGAAGAUGGGGGUGCUGUUGAUCAGCGAGGGGUCUCUCUCUCUCUGUCUCUCUCUCUCUGUGUUUUAAGGGCUGCAACCAUGUUUUCCGCAUGCUUUAUAUUUUAAGGCUUGUCUCGUCUUCCCUGCCCUAAAUACUAACUUGUGUGCCCCACUUAUCCCUGUGCUACAUGUGGUUACUGUAAUAUUCCGAUAGUAUUAUGUCUCGGACAGCACUUUUAAAUCUUAAUUUCUUUACUAUUUAAAGUAUAUUUUUUUAAUUCAAACAUUUUCAGUUAAAAUGAUUUAUGUUGCAGCUUACAAAGCCUAUAAAUGUAGGCUAUAAAAGAGUUAAAGUUAGUUAUACGUGUGUAAACAGUGAUGUUAGUGACAUACAUAGUAUAGAUUACAAUCCGUGGGAUUAAAUUCAGGUACAAAUUAUAAGUACAAAUCUUUUUGAUUUACUAAUACCUGAUAAAAGCUGAAAAUUCCUUUGACAGGUGCUUUUUGGAUAAAUAUGUAGGCUACUUAUAAAUGACUAAACUUCUACAUUUUAACAUAUGCUGAAGCCUUGUGGUUUGUAGUCAUUUGGAUUUGAGACCACAUAGAUGUCGAAGUUUAAAGUAUGAUAUUCCAAUAUAUCAACAUGUGUCUCAUAUCAUCUGUUCCCUGUCAUCACGAUUAUGUCCAGCAGGUGGCACUCUUUCAUGUGAACGUCUAUCUCCCACCCCCUCUCACUAUGUGUGUGUAUGUGUGUGUGAUGUUUCACAUAGUUAGGUGUACAGUUUCAGCUCCGUCAAAUUAAGGGCUUAACACACAGUGUGUGAACAAGAGUGGGGUUUAACCCAAGGUUUGCUUGCAAUAACUUGGGGAUUGUGUAUCCAGCUGUAAUCACUAAAUUCCCAAGGCAGGAAUAAUGCAUGCCCUGAAUCUUUUUAGUGCCCCCAGCUCAUCCAAGCACUAACUGUGGACUUGACAGAGCCACUGGGUUUUCAUGUGAUUUUAUGCCUUGUAAUAACUGAUAGGCAAGCAAAUAUUAACACGUUUAUAUUUGGUAUGAAGUGAGUGAGUGAGGCUUGUAGGCAUCAGUGAUUGCAUGGUUUUCUGUCACUCUUACGGUUAUGUGUAAACAGACCUUUUUUCCCUCUAGGUAAGAUGAUUACACCACUAGUUCAUUCACUUAUGCUGACAGUGCAAACCUCCCAAAAUAGCAUCACAUUUCCUUUUUUUCCCCUUUUCUAUAAAUCAAACUCUAUGGUUUGAUCAACACUAUUUCAAAGAUAAAUCAUUAGCAUCAACUGAAACAAAACUUGAAAUGAAUACCUACUACAUGACUAAUUAGCCAACUGACCAAAUGUGAACCUGUGUAAUUUUACCAAAUCAACAAGUAAACCGAUGCUUCUAAAGGCAUGGAAAUGCUUCAUCUGACAGCAUUACAUGUGAUAUGCGAGUCCUAUCUCGACUGAAAAAUGUUUUAUGUUGUUGUCUGGUUAUAAUGUAGACUUGCAUAUUGGAUACAAGGCCUGUAAUAAAGAAGAAUAUGAGUAUUUGUUAUGAUAUACUCUGGUUCUGUCCCCUAGAAAAAGAAGUACAUUUCAAUGCAGUCUUACAUAUAUGAGUAAAAUAAAACUGUAUCUUCACAAAAAAUAAUAAUUGUUUUUUUUAAUAACUUUAUUUUUAUAGCAAUUUUAAAAACACAAGUUUACAAAGUGCUUUGACAACAGUCGUAAAGCAGAGAAGGUCACAUGGAAAUAAAAACAAAAGCUCAGUGAAAAACAAGGCCUGCGAAUUAAAGGCCAAUUUCAUUUCUCAUAAGAAACCCAGACAAUACAAGAACCCUACAACAUAAAAUGAGACCAUGAGGACCAAAAUAAAAACAUAAAAUAGGUAGGAAAAAGAAAUGUUAUAAAAAAGGGGGGUUGAAAGCAGUAAACAGGACAGUAAAUAUAAAAAGAUGAUAUUAAUAAUGAUAAAAAAUCAUAAUGAUGGUAAUAUUAAUAAUAAAAUGGAAUAAAUUCAAUAAAAGGUUUUAUAAGAAAAGAUUAUUAGUGAAACAAAGGCUAAAGGACAGUAAGUCAUGAUCAGAAUCAGAAAUACUUUAAUAAUCCCCAGGGGGAAAUUGCUUUCGUUACAGUACUCCAGUACAAAUACAGUAAAAGUAAAAACAGUAAAAACAGUAAAAGAGGAGAUAAGUAAUAGAUAAAAUGGAAGAUAAAAAAUAAGUAAAAAUGUUGCGAUAAAUAGAUAAAAUAAGUAAAAAUAUAGUACAAGUAUUUACACUAUAAACAACACAAAUAGUGACAUUGUAUGCGUAAACAUAAAAGUCCAAAUAAGAUAGAGGUAGAAGAGAUAAAAGAUAACAGUAAAAAGAGAAAAGAAAAAAGAUAAAAGCAAGUCUGUAAAAGUGAGUUUUUAAAUUUCUGAAAGAAUGCAUAUAAUAAUCGCAAUUUUCAUCAUUCAGGUGAUAGUUUUAAUCACCACGAUCUAAUACUUUAACUUCUUUUAGUUCUUUGGUUUAACUCAUGAUCAUGAAAUGCAGAGGAGAGGCAGAUCCACACGUUUGUGUUUUACAGUAGAGCCAAAUCAUGACGUGUCGUUGACGCGCAGCUGUACGUUGUUGACGGUGUAAAAACUUCGACCACGUGCUCGCCCGUGUUUACACUGCGGCGUCCUGACGUCACGGCCAACCCCACCCCGACGUACGGCGGGCUGCCUGGCAACAUGAGAGAGGGAGCAGGAAGAUCCGCUGCAGCCAAGUGAGCAACCUGCUGAACUACUGGACAUUAAAAGUACAAGAAUCAACGCCCUGAGGAGACCAUGGAGGAUGCAGAGAAAGGUAAAUGAUUUAAUGAAACAUUUCUCGGUGAAUAUGUUCUUUCUACAAAUGUUUGCAAACUACUUUUAACUGCUAUAAGAAAGUUAGCAAACUUGCUAACUUUGCGGAGCGUGUCCGUUUGGAGGAGCAUAUGCUACUUUUACAGUCAAAUAAAAUCCUCCUUUUGAGGAUAAGACAACAAAGCGGGGAAUUUUUAAAGAAUAUAGGCCUUUUUAAUACAUGGAAACUAAAUGUCUACUCCUGUCAGAUUUACUGCGGAAAUAAAAUCUUACAACAUGUGCUUCUUAACGUAUAGAGCUAGUUUAUUUGGGGUUGUCAGUUAUGUGAAAGUAGUCAAAUAACUAUGCAUUAAAUUUAGAGGGCACACAGGAGUAAUUUGGCCGCAGACUACAUGUAUUAAAUAGUUUAAUAAGUUGACUCAUGGGUUUAUUCUUUAGUCACAAAGUCAAUCCACAAGUAGGUCACACCCGUUUGACAGCCUAUCACAUGCUCUCUGUCCUCACCAUACCUGUUCUAGUCAAGAUACUCUAUCAACAUGGCUGUUUUUUUUCUAUAAUGGCACAAUAGUCUUCGUGUUUAAUUAAAAAAAACAACAACAUCAUAAUGGGAAUUACAGGUAGUGAAAAAUGUUAAAACUGAGCAGGCUUACUCACACUGGGAGAUGACCAGUUGUUCAAUACAGAUAAAAAAGGAGGGUGUAUCAAUCAUUAGUACUCUUUGAGUGUAUUCCCACCUGCUGUCUGUGCCUGCAUCUCCAGCUGUCUGCUUUUUCUCCACAGGUUUGUGUACUUAUCUAUAUUUAACACUGGCUUCACAGACAAGUGCAUUGAAUUAACUUGACAUUCUUGAAAUAUUCUUUUUCAAAAACUCAUUUUAUUUGAUCAGCUGGCAGCAAAGCUUUAUCCCUCUGUGGAUACAAGCGGGUGACUAAAAUUUGUUCGACUCACGAGAAUGCCAGGUAAACAAGGCGCUGCCCUGGCCUAAUUUCCCUUUAGUUCAAACAGUCUUCGACCUCCUGCAGAUGUGUCAUUUCCUGAUGUCUGCAUUUUUGUUUCGCCUCAAGAUGAAAGUUAUUGCAAAAAGGAAAGGCACAGCAUGCUUCGUAUAUUAACAGAUGUUGCCCUGGAGUAAAAGUUGGUGAAGCUCAUGGAUGUUAUAGAAAGGUGCUUCAUCCUAACGGUUCUUUUGUGCAACUGCCUCUGUGAUUGUUUGUCUGGAACAACUUGUCUUGUGAUCAUAGUUCCUCUUUGAUAGAGUAGGUUUCCUGUGUGUUGCAUAUGCUUUUAAGGUUUACCCUUUCCACAGAUGACUAUUUUUUGCUCAGUGUGUGCAACUGAUGCACCUACAGUUAGGUUAGCACAUAGCUUUAGUCAAGCUUUUUAAGCUUAAAACUGCCCAAACAACGCCGUAAGACAGGUGGACGUGUCAACAAUCUCCAAAAACAUACUGCAAAGUCAAUUUUUAGUCAUUUAGAGAUGCUGAAACUUUAAGCACAGCAGUAAAAGAUACAUACAUUUAAUAUAAAAAAACAAGUACACAAACUCUUGGUUUCAUAAACAAGUUGCAGGACUAAGUUUAACCUGCCAGAAGUCAGAUUUCAUCUGUCUUAGUUGUUCCGUUUUAAUGCCAUCAUGGGAACCAAAGAGUUCUCUUUUUAUAGUCACACUCUCAAAACAACAGGCCCUGAAGUCCAUUUUAUUUCCCCACUUUCAAGCAAGCACCCACAGCAGCUGUAAUCUGGCACCAUCUGUUCCUCCAUCCAUGUUAAUGUUUUUCUUUGUCACUUUCACCUGUUAGAUAUCAGCCGGCUCAAUCACCGGUGUUUUAGGCUUUAAAGGCUCCAAUGUCAAGUCAGAUUUCCCUUUUUAAAGUCUUUGUAUCUUCCACUUUAUGUUCAGUUUUUUGUCACAAACUUUGGUUUUUGUUUUAGUUAAAAAUUUGAAGUACUGUAAGAGGAUUAAAAGGAGGACUGGUGCUUUACAGGAGCUGUCAGGGUAGUGGAGUCGAGUUUUGUGUUCGUAAAUGACCUUUCUGAUGACAAACAUCCCUUUGUGCUUGUUGUCCACUGAGGCUGGAGUUUCUAAUUUGAAUCACACGGAUCAUUUUGAUGCUUCAUUUGGAUUUUCCUUGCUGCAAUAUGUCAACAUUUUUCUUGGGACACUGUCAGAGUGUUGAUUCUAUCAGCAGUACAAAGAAUGACCAUUAGGCUAGACAAAGCAGAAUACAAUCCUGGCAUUUGCAGUAUUUUUACAUAUUUCUAGAAAGUUGUUCAAAGUAGAUUUUGAUUUACUCGACUAAUUUGCACAUCACAGCUUUUGGCCUUUACAUGAAUGUUGCAUUUCGCUUGUAUUUUCUGUGUCUUUUAUAAGGCUUGUGGUCUUUGCUCAGAUCAGCUGUUCAUCAAUUAGACUGUCAGGCUGAUGUUGUUUUUCAGCCUCAAUUUUCAGUGAUUGAUCCUGAGCAGUUGCCAACAUUUUUGUCUUAUUGGAUUUCAAGGAGAGACAACCGGAAGCUUUUGGCUGUGUGCAGCUCUGUGCUCUGAGCAGCCAGAGGAAGACUGCGAAGAUAAACUCCAACAAACUCCAACUCACAAUAUAUUUUUUUCAUAUCAGUCGGUAUUGAUUUAUACCACGAUAUAAAAAAUGAAAUUUAACAGUGCUUAUUGGUAGCAUGUCUUUUGCAAUAUAAUAAGCUACUGCAUCUGUGAGGUCUCUGUGGCACUGCUUCAGGUGGUGAAAAAGAUUUGAGGUACUCACCGACUUUGCGAGAACAUGUACUCGGCAUAAUUUGCAGUGCACAUUACUCUGCUUCAUGUCCGACCUCAAAAAAAUAAAAUACCUCCACACCACUUAUGUUUUAGUGCCAGUGUUGUUGACGAUGUCGUCAUCUGUUGAGCCUUCAUCUGCAUUUCUGCUGGGGGUAGCAGUCUUUUUCUUUUUUUCUCACAGACAGUGCUGCUGGCUUCAAGUGUUAAAGUGCUAUGGUUGUGUGUAGCUGCAGCCUGCUACUAUGCAGUUGUCGGCUACUUGGAUCUAAUUCAGCACAUGAUUGGUUGAGCAUGAAGCUCACCCUGAGCAACUCCCCUUUUCAUUGGCUAAUCGUAUAGUUUACCAAAACAUGGCAGAAUGCCGACUAUCGAAAAGGAUAUUGACCAUGUUUUACAUUGAUAUUGAGGGAACUAAAUUUUCGAUAUAUAUACCGUUAUUGUAUUAUCGCCCAGCCCUACCCUCAAGUAUGUCCAAGUCAAGUGUGCUAACAAGUGUUUUGAUUUGAAUUCUGUUGCAGUGAGAAGAUACUGCAGUUUAGCACUGAUGGCAAUAUUAGCUGGUUUCUAAAAUCUUUAAUAUGAUGUAAAACUUUUGUCUUUCCAUUUAAAUCCAUAUAUAACAUGUUACUGGCUAAGAUAACCAUGUCUAUUAGAUUUUUAUUUGCAUGGGAAUGCAUUGGAAAACUGCCGUUUCUUAUUUAACCUCAAAUUCUAGCUUAUAAUAGUUUCUGAUUACUUGACAGAAAUACAAAAGUCCCUUGGGGGAGGAAAUUUUUAUUCUAUCUUUAUUUAUUUUAUGAAAUUUUCACAUUAGUUUUGUAAUUUUGUUUUUUUUUUGUCAGUAUUAAAAAAAGCUCUCUCUGGUUUUGAUGUGUGCCAUUUUUGGAGAGGAAAGCACAAAGGCUAACCAGAAAACCUGCAGGGUCACAUGUGUUAGUUUAAAGAUCAGAGAAGAGUCCUCCUGUUUACUUCAAAACUUUAAUCGCUGAGCUCUCACUGUUAGGACAGGUUAUAUGGUUAAAAUAUCUGCUGUGAUUUUAGUAGUGGGUUUACGGUCUUGGUCUUUACAUCUCCUUCUCAGCUCACUGUAUCAUUGAGAAAGACAGGGAGAGGCAGCGUCUGUGACUGGUUAGUCAAGACAAAGACACCGCAGAAUAGAGAACAACACAUAACGUGUUUGUGUUAAGCUAUCAGAUGAACCAUCUGAAUGCAGUUUUUUCCAGUCAUUUAUUAAACUUUAGGAUUUAAAGAUUAUGCAGUGGCCAUUAAAUUCCUUCUCCUUUAUUUUUUCAUUGCACUGUGGUAUUUAGCAGAGCAGAGGUCUCACUUUUCUGGUCAAUCAGACACAGUAGUUUUCACUUUGACACUGCAGAGAGAAAGUUUUGGCCUCGCUGGCAAGUGGAGUAUUGUUGCAGUAUGAAUUAUCAACCAUACACGACCUAAAACACUGCAUAUUGGAGGAUGAGCACCAAAAAUACUGAUUCCUGAAAGUUGUCCACCACCCGGAUGUCUGUUGCACAUCACCUAAGAGAGUUUCUCAAUAUUUGUGUUUAGCUGUGGAAAUCUUUAAUCCAGAUAAACUGCAAGGUAUGUUGGGCGUCAGUCUUUCUUUUUUUUCUAUUUUUAGAAGAGUAUGUUUUUAGUAACCUCAGGGUGUAGUGUUUUCUCAGUUUCUUUCUUGAUAGAAACAAACUUCUUCACUUUAUCUUUUGUACAAAAUUCAAUCAGAAGAAUGAAUCAGUUUUAGAAAUUGGUUUUAAGAAUUAGUCAUACAUCACCAGUUUUACCAGCUGACUACUGUUUGGCCAACAGAGAGUAGGUUUGGGCAAAUUCAUUGUGAAAAACUGAUUUAAGUAACGUUCUCAUCCUUGCUUGUUAGGCUUUCUUCUAGUUAGGUGAUAGUGAAAUGUAGAUGCGUUCACAUAGUUUUUGUUUGGGAGUCGUGAAAGUAUAAUUCAUGAGAUAUUCAUGAGGUAAGCAUCUGAGCAUUUGUUAACCAUUCAGUUCAGUGUACAGUACAUGUAAAGUAUCUGAGCUGUAGUCACUCCUCUGUUUUCCCAUGAUGUGUGCAUCAUGGGAACUUUGUGGGCACUUUUUGCUGCAUCCCCAGUCAUCCAUGUCUCAUGACUCUUGUUUUAGGCAAACCAUGUGAUAGGGUAUGCCAUGAAUAGUAAAGUAAUGGCUCUCAUGCUGUGCUUCAUUAACCACUUGAAAAUGGCCGUGUGUCCGGAGUUACAGACUGGAUGGAUGAGUGCCAUGGAUUGUUUUUUGUACUUUUUUUUAUUUAUUUUCAUGUUUUUUUGAAUCAGAAUCAUUUAAUAAUUCAAUAACAGGUUUCUAUAAAAGAAAAUUUGUAACUUUGAAGGAUUGUUUACCUCUGAUAACAGUUUAUCAAAUUCAAUCACACUGGUGAUUUUUUUUUUUCUAAUAAAAGUCACAUGAAUCUAGUGUCUGUCAGAAAUCAGUGGCUCUACAGUCAGGAGGUCUGCAACAAAGUGGAAGUAAAAUGUUCAGCAUUAGUAACGAUGGAAAAAACACAAUAUAAACACAACUGAAUAUCGCAGUUUUAGAAAAAUCUUGUUUUCUGAGUAUACAUAUCUUUUUAUCUGUUUUUCUAUCUGUGUGUGGAUAUUGUAAAAUGGAAAGAAAGUUUUCACGAGUGGUUGAUUUCAUUGAAUAUGUUCAUGUAGGACAAAAGAAGCAACAAUAACACACAAUUGGGUUCCUCCCUUUCAAGAAUUAACCAGCAGAUCAAAACUCAGAGGACAAGGAGAGGAAAGAAACUGACCAGGACACAUUGUCCUUGGUGUGGGCGUGCUUUAUUGCAUGUGUGUGCCUGUUGAUACUUGAUAGUAUGAGUGCCUGUAUGCGUGUCACUUCCUGGUCUGACUUUGCAGAGUGCAACAGAGCCUGACUCUGCGGAUCAGAGAGCAACAGAGAUAUAUUAGCAGGGCUUGUGACUUGAAUUACACAGAACAUCAUAACUCAUCCAAUAUCUUUAGAGUAAAAAUCAAAUUCUUUUAAUAUUUUAUAAUGUAAAAAACUGAAAUUAGAAGUUAAAACUUCUCCAUGCUGGUGUGUGGGUGUUUGUUGAAUUUGCCCCCCAGUGUCUCAGCUCUUCUAGUAAAGUGCCCCUUCCUUCAGAGUUAAUGCGAAGUACUUCCUUGACCAUGGAGGCGUGAUUGAUUGAAACUAAGAUAAAUUUCUUGUUCCUCAACAGUCAAACUUUCCUCAAUAGUUCUUUAUUUUAAGGCAAACAGUGACAAAUAAAUAGCUUUUCCUUCUUAAUAUCUGAGAGUGGUAGCAGAAGUCUAACCAACUCUUUGGAAAAGAGUCAAAGCACCCACUGUUGUGACAGCUCUUUCGGAAUUACUAUUAAGGUUUACAUACUUUCUGAUGAUCGAUUACUUUGAUCCCUCUGUCCAAAAAUCUGAGCCUAACAGGAAAUAAUUUUUUCAUGUUUAUUUCUGAAUAAAACUGAUAUUAGCAGACCCCGUACAUGGACACACUUCUCUGACCGUUUCAUAGAAGAGCUUGAAUUAGAUAAGAAUAACGGCACUAAAUGAGGCACAGGAUGCAAAGAGGUUGAAUUAAUGUACAAUGUGAUAUGUGUCAUUACAGUCAAGGCUUUCAGAAACAUCUGGCUUAUUCAGUCACUGCACCUAAUCAAUAUUAAACAAUAAAAGUAAACAAUAGUUUUGCAUGAAAUUUACACGGUAUGAUCCUCACUUGACAUUCAGUUAAGUGUGCAUGUUAAGUGUGUUUCUGUAUAUUGACAAUGUUGAAACAGGAGGAUGAAAGUUCAGAGCUUUUUUCACUGCAAAGACUAGGGCUGGGCGAUAUGGCCUCAAAUCAAUAUCACAAUAUAUUGAGCAGUUCACCUCUAUGACGAUAAAUGGACGAUAACUACUCCACAAGCUGCUCACCCCCUCCCACAUUAAGUUUGUCAACUUCAGCCGCCACUCCUGACGCUACAACUUUUAAACCGUCAGUUAUUGGAGUAAAUUUCAGUAUUGUAAAUUUUCAGAUUAUCGCCCUGCCCUUGCAAAGACUGUUUACACGUGUAGCGUCAGAGUCAGAUCUGGUCGUACAGACCACAAGUGAUGAGCCUUAACUCUAGGUGUGAGCACUUAUCGAUGCAUGAUGAAAUCAACACUUCCCCGGAUCCAAAGCAAAGAUCACACGGAGUAAAAAAACACCCUCAUCUCAAAUAUAAGAGGUUGAAUAUUUUUGUGCUGUCUUGUGGAAAUCUUUAGUCCUGUGAAGUCACUCCAACACAGAGAUAUAUAUUUUAUGCAUUAAACAAGGUAAAACAGGUCAGUGAUAAAAGAGAUGAGGUAAUAUAACAUGGAGCGCCUGUCAUGCCCCAUCUUUGACUCUAUAACAGACCUAUUUCCCUCAACAGCUGCCCUCGUAAAUACAAAAACUACUGUUUCUCUCUCUCCUCUCACACAAAAGUAGUUUAAUAAAAAAAAUAAUUAAAGUUUUCAUCAUUAAGGUCUAAUGAUUGUUUGAGUCUACUUAAGAUAAUUUGGGUUUAUGUUGAUUCAAGAGAGAGAUCUGGUCAGGUAGCCGUUAACUGGAGGCUCAUUGUUGAUUUAAGGCGUGAACACUCCUGAAAGCUGGCCACUUAUGUUCUGAUCACUAAAAACACAUUGAUGCAAGGUAGGAACAGGGUCUAAAGUUGUGAGGCCUUUUUUAUACUUUAAUUGAGGUUGUAGCCAUACCUCUAAAACAAAAGGGAUACUUAUUUAAGAUAACCCAGAUUUACUGUUCUAUGACUCACUUCACAAUCCCUAAUAUUUCUUGUAUCUUUUACGCAGAUUUAAUGAAUUUUUUCAGUCUGUCCUUUUGCCGUUGCCGUUUGCAGUUUACUAUCCUAUUCAUUAAGAAUGCUACAUUUGACUGAGCAUUGUCGCUGUAGAGAAUACUGUGAAGUGUGCUAGCUAGUGUCUUAUCUGACACCCUGGCUUAGUUUACAAGCAUUAAAAAUCGCUAUUCAGAAAGAAAACAUGCUGUUGUUGGUAGGGGUGGGAGAAAAAUCGAUACAGCAUAGUAUCACGAUAUUUUGUCUGGUGAUAUAUCGUAUCAUCUCAUUUACCAAGUAUCGAUUUUUCAAAUUAAUUGCUAAUAUGAAGUAAAAUCUAUGAUAUUAGAUAAAUAAACUAACUGUUUGUCCAGUGAGGUUGGCAGAGGUGACAUCAUAGAGCAGGAGAAAGUUACUACAACAAAUAUAUGUAAGGUUUGCAAGAUGUCCUACAUGGAAAUAAAAUACAGUGUAAGUAAGAUGAAAGACAAUUGCUAAAUUAGCAAAACAGUUGAAAAAAAUAUAUAAAUCACAAUAUAUUGUAUCGCAAUACUCACUGUAUUGCAAAAUGUUAAAAAUCGCAAUAACAUCAUAUCCUGGCCCAAGUACCGUGAUAAUAUCAUAUUGUGGAGCCAAUAGGGAUUCCCACCCCUAGUUGUUGGUGGUCUUGUUAGCUGUUGUAGGUGAAAUAGAAGCAUCAGCGUUCAUUUCUGUCUGUUUCAUGGUGAAUUUGAAGUACUGAGCAAUUACCUUCACUUGAAAUACUCAUCAGUCUAAGACAGUGUGUGAACAUAUAGACAUAAACAUCGGCAUGUGUAUAACUGAGUGCUCCUCCGAUCACAUAUAGGACACUUUCCCUCAAGAACUCACUCACAAUAGCAAGUAUAGCCUCUGGCACCUUCUCCCCUCCACUCAAGCUGACUAGCAUUACUGCUGCUGCGAUCUGGACUAGCCACCCUGGAUUAUCGCUUGGCUGUAAUCUGGGCCACUGCAGAUUAUGCUUUUCAUCUAAUGCCCCCUCCAACAAGCGUCACGUGACCGGUCCACACAAAUGGGACCUCUUUUUAUUUCCUCCUUGGGAUGACAGGCUUGAUGACGGAGAGUAAGGGAGGGAGAGACCUGCAAGAAUUGAUACCGGCAUGUCACGCGAUUCCGCAGCACAACCGUCUCCGCUAACAGAGGUCAACAUCUGCAAACAAUGCAGAUACUCGGAGCGUGGACUAGGAAUUGACCUUUGGGAUUGCUGAAGAAGAGGGUUUGUGUGUGAUGUAACAGCUGCUUUAAGAGAAAGGUAACUUAUUAACAGCGAGAAAGGAGCAGAAGUUGAUGACGUCUGGGUCUUCUGCAGACAUGGAAAAGGAGAAAACCGACUUGGAGGAACUCUCAUCCACUCUUCUGACUACCUGACAGCCGAUUCAAGACCUCCUCCCAUAUACGUACACACUUGGAUAUUGUGUCUCUGUAUCACACAUACACUACAAGAGUGCAGGACGCUGUAAACAAGGAGACACAGAGCCAACACGUGCCUGGAUCACAUGCGGACAAUCAGCACUCAGCUGGCUCUGCUUAGGUUGACGCGGCGGCGGUGGUGGUGGUAGAGAGAUGGUGUAGUCAUUCCAACUAAACAUCACACUACGAGCUGUAAACAUGGAGCCCCUGGAGGAGUACCACUCUCCUUUUGACUUUGAACAAGGAGUCAACGCCAGCUACCUCUACCUCUCCCCAGCCCUCAGUGACACACCGCCCAGCUCGCCAGCACUCAAAUGCAGAGGUAAUCUUAGGGAGGAGAAGGAGAAGGAGAGGACGGGUGGAGGAUGUGAUGACUGUGUGUGGGUGUGGGUGUGUGUGCUGGACAGAAAGAUAAAUCAUGGGUCUGGAACACGAGAUUGGAAGAUUUUGGAGGGGAAGGAGUGUGUUUGGCGGCUAUUGACCAUUUUCACUUUACUUGAAUUUAGUUGAAGACUUGAAGACUUGUCUACUCCUGCUGUCGUAUUAGUAGACUUCAUUCAUUUUGCAAUUUCUUAAGAGAUUCCUUCUUAUGAAUCUUCAUUUUACUGCUCCUCAGGAGGGUUUUAUGCUUUUUCAAAAUGUCUAUAUCCUCUUCGGUUUUAUUAGUAUCUCUCUUUGCCUAUUAUUCAAAAUGUAGUAAACUCAGAUUUCUUUCAGUGCUUGUACUUCUGGAAAAACCAAAAAGGCUAAACAUGGUAAAAUUCAUGCAUUAAGUGACAUAUUUAUCUUGCUGUGAGAGUGCUUUUUAAAGUUAAAAUUUAUGAUUACUUUAUGUAGGAGGGGUUCAAGAAAUUGGGCAUGUUGUCAUAUGUGUAAAUCUGGGAAUUUAGGACCACGUAGUAUCCAUGACACAUGUGGAAGUUAGUGAGUACAUAAUGGGCUGGGAAGAUAUGCUUUUCACCCGAUUCGAUUCUUCUCCGAUUUUUUUGGAUGCUGAUUCGAUUUAAAUUGCGAUUCAACGAUAUUGUCGAUUUUCUCGAUUUUCUUUUAGUCUGCAUUUUUAAGACCAGUGAAGCAGUUGAAUGAUUAUGAUUGUCUACCGACUAUUCCAGGAACCGUUUUCCCCAAAAAAUACACAUCACAAGUUUUCAAGUUUUUAUGAUUUAUUCUUAAAUUUGAAAAAGAAAAAUCGACUUUUGAAAAUAAAAAUUGAUUUAAAAAUUGUAAAACAAAAAAUUGCGAUACUUACCGUAUUUUUCGCACUAUAAGGUUCACUUAAAAUCCUUUUGGCUUGUCGGAGCACUGCAGCUACCGAAGCCUCACGGAGUUAUUGAAUGAGUUGAAUAAAGUUUGACUUAUCUGACUGUCUUGUUUGGCUUAAUGCACUUUAUAAUCCGGUGCGCCUUAUGUAUGAAAAUAGAUGCGAAUAGACGCAUUCAUUGAUGGUGCGCCUUAUAAUCGCAAGAAAAUUGCAAAAAAAUACGGUUUGUGAAUCGACUUUUUUUCUCCCACCCCUUUUGUUUUGGGACUGAGUUAGGGUUCAGAAACAGACAUUUACACAGUUCUUGUCAGUCUGUAUUUUGUUUACUUUAACAUCACAAGCUUGUCGUAUAGGAACUUUUUUUUCUAUAUACAGUACUCAGCUGCAGUCUGUAAUUUCCCCACAUUUACAGGUUUCUUUCAGCAGCUUAUCAAAGUGGCUCUGUCACAGUAACAGAGUGGUGGCUUUUUAAUGCAGCUAUGAAAUCAUUAGGCUGCAUCAGUUCAGUAGACCAAAGCAAUUACUUGUAACUCACAAUAAAAGAGAUAAUUAUGGGCUGUCAGGGAGUUAAAUUUAGUCUUUUCAGUCAUGCUGGGAAGUUGUCAUGGAUUUGACGGCUGCAGAGUGAUGCUGUCACAGGGUGAAAUGUUAGUUUUAGAGGAAAUGAGCUAAAGCAGAGGGAUCGGCUGGUAUUGAUGGUUGUUUUGCAGUUUGGUGCAGCAGGCCAGACUCCUGCCUGCACCCACACUACAUACCAAACUCUUUCUCUCUCGCUCUCUUUAUGCCUGUUUUUCCCUCUUGCCUGAGGCAGCUUCUUAAACACACCUCUAAGGCAUACAUUUACUACAUAACUAGCUACCUCCACACUCAGACAUCCGUGUCUCACAUUAAAGCCUGCGGGAGUGUGUUACAAAAUUUGACAUAGCAGAUAAAUCAAAGCUGGUAGCUAGUCUAAAAAAAUCUUUGUUUACCCUCAGGAGAUCAUGGAGUUUCACUGUCGUGUCACAAGCUCUAAACAGCAAAAUGUAGGAUAUUUAAGUUAGAAAAAAAGCAGCUGUAGAGAAACACAACUCUGAUUUCUAGUCCAAGUUUUUGGGAUCUGAGAGUCUCGUCUGAGAUUCAGCUCUCUGGACAGUUGUGAGGACAUUCCACUUUAGAUUUCUUUGGAGUGUUUUUAUCUUUGUACAUGUGCUUCUGGUAUGUCUGUCUUUGGCCAGCAAUAUGUUUCAGUCCAAAUACUUUCAAGAAUAGGGAGUGUUUGGGCUGGGACAUGAAAAGGAGAAAGUGUGUUUGGAAUGAGAAGGGAGGAGAGGGUGGGGAUUAUUUUGAGGAGUGUAAAACAGUGUCUAUCUAAAGGUCAUAGGUCCAGGGAUCUGCUAACCACUUUUAUCCGUGACUUUGUGCUGUCCCAAGAUGAAACAAACAUAAAACUUCAAACCAGAGUUCAUUCGUGUUGUUUCAAACUGAUCGGUUAUCCAUUAAAAGGCCUGCUUGUCAUAAAGCUUGAAUCAAAGUGUCUUAUCAAUCAAUCUGGCUCCACACAAAGUUUAAUAACUACGCAGUUAGUUAUUACAGUAGGAGCUGUACCAGUUACACAAGCAGGGGAAACUUUCUAAGCUGAAGAGGUGUUUGUAAACAGUAGGGUCACCAUAUUGUAAUUCCCCAAAAAGAGGACACUACUACAUGGAGCAGAGUUGUGUGUGUGCAAAAUUUGGGGGGUUUUGCUGGUCGGGUCAAUUUUUUUUACACGCUUCUAACUCAGUUAAACACAUAUUCCAAAUUACCAUUGAAUGUGUAUGGCAAAUACAAUGGUCUGUGAUGCGAAGAUAAAGUAUGUGCUACACAAAUUCAGAACUAUGGAAGUCCAUUUCCGCCAGUGAAAAAAAAAAAAGAUGAGAUAAAAUGUUUGCUUUUUUUUAAGGAUUUUAUAAACCCCCUGGACAGGCAAGACAGUCCCCCAAAAGAGGACAUGUCUGGAUAAAAGAAGACGUAUGGUCAACCCAGUAAACAGAUUCUUUCUUUGGAUUGAAUCUAGCUGUUUCUGUGCCUCCAGUUUUAAUGCUAAGCUAUGCUAAUCAGUUGCUUGCUGUAGUUUGAUACGUAAGAGACAGCCUAAUGUGGAGCAGUCUGAUUCAAUUACAAAGUCUCUCACAUAUCCAGUCAGUCAAAUGUUGGGGUGUCCAAAGCACAUUCAGAACCAUCAUUUCCCAUCUGUACGCUGUUGUUCAUAAGCAACAACAUCAACCGCACAAAUACAGGACAAAUUUGGAUUGAAUAAACAUUUAUGGCUGUCCUACUCUGAUUUACAUGGUAAUGCACCUGCGUACUGACAUUUCUGUACUAUAACACAAGUUCAGAGGUCAGUCAGGACUACAAGGCUACCGUUUCACAAAAUCUAUUCCCAGUCCCAUCCUUUUUUUUAAUCCAUUUUCUGUUUUACUCUGAUUCCCUGAAAUUCCAGGAAACACAAGAUAAAAAGAUAAAGGACUUCAGAGGCAUGUUUGUGUCUCCAGCUCAGCUCUGGCUCUCUUACCAUCCUCACAUGCAUGUUGUCCGGUUGACUGACAGGUCCUAACUACCUCUCUGCUCCUGUGUUCUCUAACGCUGUCUCAACCCAGGAUGUCUCUAUCUAAAAAGUUCCUUGUAUUAUUGAUGGGCUGCUGCUCCUACCGGGCACCACUCUGUCAAAGGCAGCUGCAUCAAAGAGGAGAGUGUGUUCUGUAUGCUGUGUGUGAAGAGAAAAUAUAAUGUGUGUGUGCAGGAGAGAGGGAGAAUGUGUUAUUUUUUUUUGCAACUGUACAGUAGGAAUGAAAAGUUUUUCCUCUGGGCUUCAGCCUUUUCAUCAAACAGCAUAUUUAACAUCUUUUAGCUUCUUUUAUACUCUCUCUGAUAUGACUUACAUAUUCAUCCACCGCCAUCUUCUUCUCAUCUCCUCAUCCCCGAGAGGAAAAAUGAUGACAGCUUGGGUUUGACGACCAAGACCAGCCCCUCUACACCACCUGUUCCCUGUCUCUGAGCAAACAUGGACACAUAUAUGAGAACAAAUCUUUAAAGAAAACGAAAAAUGAGGCGUCACUUUACAAAGAGCCCCAGAACAGGCUUAUGAUUUGCCAAGAGGAUGGUAUGGAUGGAUCUAUAGAAAUCUGCUUUUCCUUCCAGGUUCCCAGCAGCAUCCCGACUCAAUCCCAGAGGUGGGAGAAGAUGCAGCGACGUCUGUGGCUCCGUCUCCACCUCCACCAGCCAUGACAGAAGAGGAGCGGCAGGAGCUGCAAGAAGAGUUGGUCAAGGUAAGAGAGAGAGAUCAGAGGGCUUUUGCAUACACCAAAACAUGUGAAUAAAACAGUUAAGAAAUGUGCCUUUAAAAGCUUUAUAGUAUAUAGAUGUUGUAUAAAGGAAUCAGUAAAAACAUAUACUGGGUCAUUCAGGUACAAAAUCAUUAAAAUCCCCAGAGCAAGCAGUGAGAUCAAACUGUGCAAGAAUAAUCAAACCAUUUCAAAGCGACCCACAGUAACCUUAGCUAGUGGGUCGUGGUUGACGGCAGACUUUUCAUAUUCAUAUUCUCUGCAGAGGUUAUUUGCAGAUAGUGAAAUGAGUUAGAAGUGGAGCUUCUCUGUGCUACGUAGUCUAUGUUAACUUUUAGUGCCACGCCACCUCCAUGCUAGUAAAAAUCAAGCUAUCCAAUCACUUAUCUCUAUUUUCCAGUUUUAUGAAACACUGUAUUUCAGCAGCUUUAAUGUUAGCAUAAAAUAGUUGGAACUCUGAAAGGUCUUGAAUAGAGAUGCACCGAUCCAUUUUUUUCCGAUCCAAUCCGAUACCGAUACUUGGGCUGAGCGUAUCGGCCGAUAUCUGAUACCGAUCCAAUACUACCUUUUAUUUUUAACAAGGCAUUGACAUUAGCCUUGUUAAAAACAAAGGUAACAAAUACCAAAUUGCACAUUAGCACAAAGCAAAAAGAAGUAAGACUUCCAUGUAUUGAAAAAAAAAAUUAAUAUACAGAAAAACAAAACUGUAUCUAAACGCUGGAUUGGCGUCGUUCACCAGAUAUCCGAUCCAGUUAAUUUGUCAAUAUCGGAGCUAAUAUCCGAUCCAAAUAUCGGAUUGGUGCAUCCCUAGUCUUGAAGUUUUUUAGAUCACAGUGUUUUUUUUAUACAUGUCUUUUGACAUCCAUGUGUUCUUGCAGGUCGAGGAUGAGAUCCAGACUCUGUCCCAGGUGCUCGCAGCUAAAGAGAAGCAGCUGGCGGACAUAAAGAGGAAACUUGGCAUCACACCUCUCAAUGAGUUCAAACAGAACAUCUCCAAAACUUGGCAGGAGGUCACCGGGUCGACUGCGUAAGUUCCUCCCAACACAGCAUGCACAAAACACAACAAUCUUUUCCCUAGAUAUUUCCUCAACACAAACACUUCUCUAGAAAAAGAAAUGGCACCUUUUAAUCAGAUAUCUUUCAAAGUAGGCCAACUUCAUGACCAGCAGUUUCAUCAUGUAUCCCUGCUGAGUUGAACUUGUAUCUUUAUCUGAAUGCAUCAAAAGACUGAAGGAAGACUGUUUCCCUCUUCACAACAAGGAAAAGACGCCUUUUGCUUUCAACAAGUCGCCUGUGGCUCUUCUGAGGGCGUUCUGAUGCUGUGAGAUUUCAUUCAAAUGAAAAAGACACUGAACCGUCGAGUUCUGACCCUGAUGCUUUGAUCUCCGAGUCUCUUCUCAUAAGUUUCAUAUCCUCCCUUUAGCUGCCCAUCACUCCCCCCUCACCCCCUCUUUCUCUCUCUCUCUGUCUCUACAUCUCUCCUGUCAGCUAUAGGAGGACUUCUGAAACACUGUCUCAGGCAGGUCUGAAGGCCACCGCAGCAUUCUCCAAUGUGGGCUCCGCCAUCAGCAAGAAGCUGGAGGACGUCAGGUGAGUCACACAGGAGACAUCAGGAGCUCCUACUCCUCGUUUGCUUCUCUUCUAAUGUUUAUUGUUUGAUCUAUCUACUAAGUAUAAACUGAUAGAGACAUUGCAAAAGCAUGAAUACACUCAAGUUGAUAAAUUAAAACCACCACGAACAGAUUAUUCCCUUUAAGAUGUAGACCCAGUUAGACCCCCCCCCCCCCUUACUCAGAUCUUAAUCUGUCCUCUCCCCUGUCAUCCUCCUUUUUCUCCCUGGAUUACUGAGCUGCAAACAAGAUUAUUAGACUCCACAAAGCAGCAGUGUGCUGAGAAACGCAGCCCCACAGAUGAGCCUCAUCAACACCAAGCUGCUUUCAGGGGGGUGGGGGGCGGUUAAGAGCGACCUGACAGGGGGUCAAAGGGGGGGCGAGUGUGUGUGUGUGUGUGUGUGUGUGUGUGUGUGUGUGUGUGUGUGUGUGUGUGAGUGUGUGUGCGUGCCUCAUGCUGGGUUUUUUUGUGUAUGUGUGUGUGUGAUGACACGAUAUCCCCCCCAUGUUAUAUAGGAUUAGCAGAUACCCAGUGUGUUAAAACACAAUUGAUCUUAAUGGGAUAAAGCAGGAUUUAUAGGAUUUAUGUCCUUUGAAUCCUGGGAGGUUGAACAUAUAGAAGAGUAAAUGUUAUAUAUGUCGUGCCAGCCCUUCUCUUUUAUUCUAUUGUUCUGUGUGUGUGUGAAAGUGUCUGUACUCUGCUGAGAUGAUCACUAACGCUCCCUCUCUUCUUUAUAAUGCUGUCGGAUAGCAUGCGCUCAUUACAGCACUCAGCUAGUAUGCCUGUCAUAAGGUAAGGGGGAUCAAACUAGUUUGUGUUAAGGUUGGUUGGCUCACCGUUGCAUUAACACUACAAAGCUACAGAUGUUGAAUUAAAUAUGAAAAAGGCAAAGGCUGCAUGGUGUGUCUGUACAAAGUGAAAGAGAACUUGUGAUAUAUUGUAUAAAAAAUCAAAGCAGCGAAUCAGAUGCUGAUAAAUCGACGCCAUUUUGCUAUAUUUAUGCAGAAUUGUUCUGACUGUUCUCUUAAAGUCAUGUGACAAGUACAUGUAUACAAACCAGAUUGUAAAAAAAAAAGGUCUUCAGAUCCAAAUUAUUUUAUCUUUGAAUGAAGAAAUCAACAACAAAUGUUUUUUUAUUAAUGUGUAAAAAUUAUUAAACUAAUUGUGGUGUCCCUCAGGGGUCAAUUUUGGGUCCUAUGCUUUUUUAACUUUCAUAUGUUACCUUUUAGAAGUGUCAUCAGGCAACUUGGCAGCAACUUUAAUAGUUAUGUAGAUGACACACAGUAUUACAAUGCUGUGUCUCCUGAUGACCCAGGACCAGUUUACACCAUUUUAACUGUAUUUUAGAUAUCAAUUCAUGGAUGGCAGCAAAUAUUUUACAGCUCAACCAGACAAAACUCAGGUUUUAGUCAUUGGUGCUGGUGCUUAUAGAGAGAUACUAGAUGCAAACUCAAAGAACUGUCUUUCAACUCAUGUCAGCAGAUCAAAAAUUUCAGAUGAUUUUUGUGUUUUAUUGUUUUUUAUGAAUUAAGUCUGAUUGACUGAAAUUGGACAUCUGUAGAGGUUAUAUGAUGAUAAAUCGAAGAAAUACUGUAUUGACUAGUGUCACAUAACCUAACCUCCAAAGAAAAGGUUGCAGUUAAAGUUCUUCUUUCUUUUCUCACAAACUUUGAACUGAGAGAUCAAAUGUUAGUUCAAUCUUUUAAGUGUUUGUAAUGUUGUUCUUCGUGUCUUUUCCUUUCACAGGAAUGCACCAACUUUCAAGUCAUUUGAGGAGAAAGUGGAGACUUUGAAGGUAACAGUUGUCAAAAUGUUGAAGUGACUUCGCGUGAACCUCAGAAUAGUGUCAUUAACCUUAACAUAAAGGGAAGAAGAAUGGAAACACCAAACACAAGAGUGAAGGAAAGAAAUCUGAAUGUUCUCAAUUGUGUUUUUGUAGGAAUGUGAUUUUUUUUCCCUCUGAAACCAUCUGAGCAGCUCAGUCUAGUCCAAAGCUGCUCUGAGGGUUUGCCCCAGAGCCUCACUCAAUUACGAGCAUCACGCUUUCAAUCAGUACGUCAUAAUUGAAUGUAAAGCUCAAAGGUCAGGGAAUGCUCACCCACUCUUCAAACUUGGAAAACAACAGGAGAAACAUCUAGAGAAGGAUUUUUAAACUUUCUCUGCCUUAUUUAAAGGAACUGUUUAGUUGAUUAGAUACAGUGGUCUCCAUAGAACUCCUCAAUGCAUUUCCUCUUUUUUUAUUUGUAUGAAUCACACCAUAGUCUUUUUCUUGUUUGUCCUUCCCUCCUUUAGACCAAAAUGAGUCCAUCAGCAUCCAACACCCCCUCCAACCCUGAAGACCAGAACAGCGACACUCCCACCACCACUGAGUCUUUGCUCACUCAACCGGAAGACUCGCCCACCCCUGAGACGCCGAUGAACUGAGACCACCCUAGCCCCCUUUCCGACCUCCUGACCUCUUUCCAGCCCCAACCCCCCUCUUGACCUCCUAACCCCCUGGACCGUCAGCACUUGCCCCCUAAACUUUUGUGUGCCAGUCCCUCUUUAUUGGAAACAAAUGACUUACCCCGGCCUUCUCUGUGAUCUAAUUGUCUGGUCUUUUUUCUGACACGUGCGUCUGCUCACUUAUUAGCUUGCGCGGAAACUGAACCCAUCAGCUGUGGGGCAGCGGGCUUAGGGUCUAGUGCCGAUGGUUUAUGAAAGAGUCUUCUUCUGGUUCUGUGGGAGUAACCUUCAUUGCUGUGUGACUCUUAUUUCCCUACUGUCCUCCACUUUUGUCUAACCAGCAGAUGCCAAAUAUGUUCCUUGUUUACUUCGUCUUCGCUGAAUUAACUCCGUUUUACCUUUGUGUUUGUUGAAGUGAAGAAAAUUGCACAAAUAUAAAAAGAUUUACAAAUAUUGACUGUUUUAGGAUUAACUGUUAAAGCUUGUUGUUUUGCUUUUUGCUUCUGCAUGGCCCUUUGAAUCUAUGUUGGAGUUCUUGUUUUGUUUUGAGGGCUGUUCUUUAUCUACUGUGGGUAAACUGUUCCUGGGUUUCUCUAAUUUCUGUCUAUUCUGUGUUAUAUAAAAUUUAGGUUUCAACGUAACCAAAAAGUAGUCAAACACUGUUAAAAAUUUGAAUAUGAAUGUUUGUUUUUUAUCACGCAAUACUGGGUGUAAAACUUCAACCAGCUGCUGAUGCAGAGUCACAAUCACAGCAGUAGACUCCAAAGGUGGUCAUCGAAACACGCCACACAAUAAAAGCUCUUUUCCUCCGUUACAUGUGUCACAGAAUUAUCUCCGUGUUUUGCUUGUUGAAGGAAAAAAAAAAUGGCCAUGAUCGGCAGCGCUGUGGCAGAGCAAACACACAGUCAAGGUUCAGCCUUGACCCGAGGUGAGAGUGAAAUAAAUGUGUCUCUUCUAGAGCCAGAGUCAAUAUUUAAACACUACUCCAUUGUUUCAGUGUAAGAGGUAACACCAAGCUCCCCAUACCAUACCAAAACACUGAUCAUAUAACGGUAUGAGACUCUUCUGAACAUUAUAAAAUACUACAGACUGAAAAGAGAAGGUGUUAUGUAUGGGAUUUGCAAUUUACACUUCCUUAUUCACCUCUGCUUGCAGUGUGACUUCGCCUCUUUGUGCUCGACUGAAACACUCUUACAUCCAGCUCUCCUGUUACAUCCCCUGUUCGUCUUCAUAUAUAAACACGCCAAAACACUGACAUCAGGAAGUAGUCAGUGCUAAUCGCUGGCAUAUGACUAUAACCUUUGCAAAGUUGAUGCAGAAACACUCUUCUAUACUAGCAUGUCCAUAAAAAUGUCCACAAUCCCUGGAAAAGAUUCGGUUCGUCCUGAUUCAUGUGUUCAAAUUACAAUAUUCUGACAAAAUGUCCCGCUCAGUCUGAUCGCAAUUUGCAGUAUGAGAUCCAACAUGAUUUAGGCCUUUUUUUUAAAUCACAAUCCCCUGUGUGCUGCUCCAUGAUGUCUUCUCCAACCAUGUCCAACAGUGUUUAACUUUCCACCACUCUGACGCUGAUGCAAAAGAUGAAAUAGCAAGAGGAUUAAAGUCACAAGUGAUGAAGCGGUGUGUCUUUAUUGUGUGUUUAGAGCUUGGAAAGUACUGCAGUGUACGACAACAUAAAGAUUAAGAACAGGAUUUACAAUACAGGUGUCAUUCUUCUACCAAAUUUUGUUUUAAGAGGUUUCCAGAAAACUGCAGUGAUGAUCAAAAUCAACUUGACGGAGUCUUGUAAGUCUUCUGGGUUCACUGCAGAGUUUUUUGAAACCCAGAUACAUGGACAUUGACUCCUCAUCUGUACAGCCUGGCUCAAGGCCUCCCCUGCUGGUGGACCACUGUCUUAUCAUAGAAGUGGAUUCUCAGUUUGGACUGUUACUGCGUGAAUAAGACCAGGGUUUGCUAGUCUGAGUGGAAAGAAAUGAUUCGUUCAAAAGUACUUCAGCAUCUCAUGUCCUUGUUUACCACGGAGUAAUUCAAGCCUUUUUACUUCAGACUUCAAACACACACACAAAAUGUUCUUUAAUUGGAGCCAUGUGAAGACAUUUACCAAAAUUAAAAAUACCUCAAAAGCAACGUCAUUCUGUGGUCUUACUUUCUGACAUUUAUGUCCACAAGGGGGUGAAGAUGAAGAUCAUGAUUUAUUUAAAGGGGAAAUCCUUCAAAGCAACAUAUCACUGUGUUGAAUCAGUUGAUUUUUGUGUCUCUAACAUAGAAAAUCCAUCUGUAUAAAUAAACUCUCAUGGUAAAAAAAAGUGGUUCAUGGAGAACAAUAACAAAGGUCCUUUUUUGACCACAAGAGGGCAGCCAAGAACAGAGCCAACACCUGAUGGCUUUAUUUUUCUCAGUCCACGCCACACCAGAUUGCCUGGAGAGCAGACUGAACUGACUCAGAACCACCAGAGCCCAUUUUAUUUAUAUUUAGCAGAUCUGUCCCCAGAAGCCCAAUUCUAGGAGCUCCAAAAGGGUCUUAAUCCGUUUGGCAGGAUGAGCAACAGGCAUCCUUGUCGAAAACAACAAUGUUUGCCAGACAGUUUGUGGUUUUUAGAGGAGAAAUGAAUUUGACUUUAGUUUUAUCAUACAGCACAGGAAAAGUGGAUUUUCUGUGUUAGUACAGAAAUUUGAUUUAUUAU